CCUCUUCAUUACCAAUUCUACACGGGAGCGCAUCUUACUACUAUCUGUUGGCAAUUCAUUUCAAAAUGCCAUCCAAGGAAUCCAAAUCUGGAAUUCCCAUUCAGCCCGUUCCUGAGAAGCGCGGCUACGAGUUCGGUGGACCGCUCGGGGCUUUUGGAAUUAUCUUCGGUCUCCCUGUUCUGAUUUACGGCUUCACAUUUCUGUGUAACGACGUCUCCGGUUGUCCUGCACCAUCGCUGCUUCACCCGUCCUCCCUGACCCUCGAUGCGUUGAAACAAGAAAUUGGCUGGCCGGAAGGAGGGAUCGCGGCAUUCUAUGAUACACAGGUCACUUUGGGAGUGCUGAGUUAUUAUUUAUUGAGCCUUCUGUUGUAUGUGUUCCUGCCUGGCCAUGAGGUCGAGGGUACGGAGUUGGCUUGCGGGGGAAGACACAAAUACAAGUUCAAUGCGUUUUUGUCGGCCGUUUUGAUUCUCUCGGGCUGUGGUGUCGGCACAUACCUGUACGGGGCGGAUUUCGUGGUCUGGACUUUCCUAUGGGACAACUACCCGCAGGUCAUCACGGCCAACCUGGUGAUCUGCACCGUGAUCGCGAUCUUCGUUUAUGUUACGAGCUUUACCGUUCCCUCGCCCGGUGAGAUGAACCCCAAUCUCCGGCAAUUGGCUCCCGGCGGACACACCGGCAAUGUCCUGUACGAUUUCUUCAUCGGACGCGAACUGAACCCUCGUAUACGGUUGCCUAUCCCGUUUGUCAGUGAGAGCUCGCGCACCAUCGACAUCAAGGUCUGGAACGAGAUGAGACCCGGUCUGCUUGGAUGGAUCAUUCUAAACCUAUCGAACAUCGCCCGCCAGUACCGGGAAUAUGGCUACAUCACCGACUCGAUCGUCCUGGUCACCGUCUUCCAGGCAUUCUACGUUCUAGACGGCCUCUACAUGGAGCCCGCACUCUUGACCACCAUGGACGUCAUCAUGGACGGUUUCGGCUUCAUGCUUUCCUUCGGAGACCUCGUCUGGGUGCCCUUCAUCUACAACUUCCAAACCCGCUACCUCGCCAUGUUCCCCUUCGAGCUCGGCCUCCAAGGUCUUGCAAUGGUCCUCGGCGUCACCGCAAUCGGCUACUCGAUCUUCCGCGGCGCCAACAACCAAAAGAACCGUUUCCGCACCAACCCCAACGAUCCCCGCUGCAAGAACCUCAAGUACAUCGAGACUAAGAGCGGCUCCAAGCUCAUGAUUUCCGGCUGGUGGGGUCUUGCUCGCCACAUUAACUACCUGGGUGACUGGACUAUGUCGUGGGCUUACUGCCUGCCUACCGGUAUUGCGGGUUUCGUCAUGGUGCAGAGUGUGAACCCGGCUACUGGUGCUGUGCAGAAGCAGGCUGUGCAGACGCCUGAGGCUCGUGGGUGGGGUAUGGUUUUCACUUACUUCUACAUGCUUUACUUUGGUGUCUUGCUUGUUCACCGUGAAAUGCGGGAUGAGGAGAAGUGCAAGAAGAAGUAUGGAGCUGACUGGGAUCGGUAUACGUCGUUGGUUCGCAGCCGGAUCAUCCCUGGCAUCUACUAAGACCAGCGAUGUAUAUGCAUACGGGGUCUAAUAGGUAAUUUCGGUUCUUGUCUAUGGAUUCACAGUCCAGCUAUCUGCCAGGAGACAAAAGUUUUGUACCAUUAGUCAUUGGUUAAUCUUCUCGUUAAUAUAAUUCGUAAUCACUGCACAUUAAUGCGAACACUUCUGCUUCUUGGGAUCAAUCAAAACAUCUAUCCCCCAUUCCUCAUCCCCCGAAUUUGGGACCCAUCCUUUCAAGACUUUCCUGGCAUCUUUAAUAGCCUGUCCUCUUGCUUUCAAAGCCCCUCCGAUAUACUCUGGAACACUCUUAAACUCAUCAUACGUAGCCGCCGCAAGAACAUCCCUCCAUAAAGCACCUCCCCCAUACCCAUCCCCAUUCCGCCCUAAAACCAAGACAUCCCUAACAACCCCCCACAACCUCGCCCUGCACAACGCACUCGCCCCCCUCGCCAGCGGCGCCAACGCCCGAUUCCCCUGCU